CCUCUGUGACCUCACUUCCUCUGGCGGCUGGAGCCCGGAUCAAAAAAGCUUGCAGGCUCGACUGGCUGGCUUGAGUGGUGAGAGAGCACCGAGGCGAGAUGGCCAGCAACUUUCCGAAGCCCGAGGAGAAGAGCCUGCAAGCCCUCCGGGACGCAGCCAACCGCCUCCGCCUCCACUCCAUCCGCGCCACCUGCGCCUCCAACUCCGGCCAUCCAACAUCAUGCUGCAGUGCUGCAGAGAUCAUGUCUGUGCUGUUCUUCCAUACCAUGCGCUACAAGCCCCAGGAGCCAGGCCACCCCAGCAAUGACCGCUUUGUGCUCUCCAAGGGCCAUGCUGCUCCAGUGCUCUAUGCUGCGUGGGCUGAAGCUGGUUACAUCAAAGAGCCAGAGCUCCUGAAACUAAGGAAAAUAGACUGUGAUUUGGAAGGUCACCCAACCCCGAGGCUGCCUUUUGUGGAUGUGGCCACUGGUUCGCUGGGACAGGGCCUGGGAGCGGCCUGUGGAAUGGCCUAUACAGGCAAAUACUUUGAUAAAGCCAGUUAUCGAGUGUACUGCUUGAUGGGUGAUGGUGAAUCAUCGGAGGGAUCUGUGUGGGAAGCCCUUCAGUUUGGAUUUCAUUAUAAACUGGAUAAUCUGGUGGCCGUCUUUGAUGUCAACCGGCUAGGGCAGAGUGAAGCAGCACCACUAAAGCAUGACACCGAUAUGUACCGCAAACGCUGUGAAGCCUUUGGAUGGAAUACCUAUGUUGUGGAUGGUCAUAAUGUUGAAGAACUCUGCCGGGCCCUGUGGCAAGCAAGUCAACAGAAAGGGAAGCCUACAGCUAUUGUGGCCAAAACUUUCAAAGGACGAGGAAUCUCAGGUGUGGAAGAUGCUGACAACUGGCAUGGAAAGCCCAUACCAAAGGACAAAGUGGAGUCUGUCCUCAAUUCUAUUCAGAGCCAAAUCCAGACUAAUAAAGUCUUUUCUAUCCAACCGCCUGCUCAAGAUGUACCAGAAAUCAGCUAUAAGGAUAUCAAGAUGCCCUCUCCUCCUGCUUUCAAAAUUGGGGAAAAGGUGGCCACCCGGAAAGCCUAUGGUUUAGCACUGGCAAAGUUAGGAAAUGCUAACUCCCAUGUGGUAGCCCUGGAUGGUGAUACUAAGAACUCUACUUUUUCUGAACUCUUCAAGCAAGCUCAUCCUGAACGCUAUAUAGAGUGCUUUAUUGCUGAGCAGAAUAUGGUCAGUGUAGCCCUGGGCUGUGCUGCUAGGAACCGUACCAUUGCAUUUGCCAGCACCUUCGCUGCUUUUUUUACACGGGCAUUUGACCAGAUCAGGAUGGGAGCCAUUUCCCAAACAAAUAUAAACCUUUGUGGGUCGCACAGUGGAGUUUCUAUUGGUGAGGAUGGACCUUCUCAGAUGGCCUUGGAAGACAUAGCCAUGUUCAGAACCAUUCCAGGCUGCACUGUGUUCUACCCAAGUGAUGCUGUUUCCACUGAACAUGCUGUCUGCUUGGCUGCCAAUACCAAGGGGAUAUGCUUCAUUCGAACCAGCCGUCCAGAGACUCCCACCCUGUACUCCCAGGAAGAAAAGUUUGAGAUUGGCCAUGCCAAGGUUGUGCGUAAGAAUGAUGCUGACAAGGUGACAGUUAUUGGAGCAGGUGUUACGCUUCAUGAAGCCCUUAAAGCUGCUGAUGAGCUGGCAAAACAAGGCAUUCAUAUCCGGGUAAUUGACCCCUUUACCAUCAAGCCCUUGGAUGCUAACACCAUAAUUUCCAAUGCCAGAGCUACAGGAGGCCGGAUCAUUACUGUUGAGGACCAUUAUAAAGAAGGAGGUAUUGGUGAUGCAGUGGCAUCAGCUGUCUCUGGAGAACCUAGUAUCUUAGUCCAGAGCCUGGCUGUGUCAGGAGUACCACGGAGUGGAAAACCAGAGGAGCUCCUGGAUCUUUUUGGUAUCAGCGCAAAGAAGAUUAUAGCAGCUGUGAAGAGCACCUUUGCCAACUGAUAAAAUUGUCUGGUUUUAGGUAGAAGGGUGCAGUGACAGAAACAUGAAAAAUGGGUUUGAGGAAAUGUGACUGUUGUUUUUCUGGCAGCAGAAUUUUUCCCUUUGUGACUAAGGAAUCCUCUGAUUUCCCAUUUUUGAUUUCUAUCAAUAUGCCACUGUUAACAUCCCACCUGUGGGCUGAUCUUAUUCUGAGUUCAAAUGUAGCUUUAAAAAUAUUUCUGGUUACAUUCCAACACCUUUCCCCACAAAUAAUAUGCCAUUCUUAAUCUACUUGCAUAUUAACUAAGCCUGAAAAUCUCCUGGCAAAUGUAUGUGGACCAAGUAGUGUAUGUCUUACCUGAAUUGGUUGUCACCUACUGUUGUGUCUGGCACCUACCCUACUUGGCGUUCCUCUCUCAGGCCUGUCAUUCCAAGGCCAUGUUGGGUAGACAUUUCUAUGGGUGGUUUCCUAGCAGGAGAUAGUGAUACAUAAUUAGUACUUGGUGCAGAAUGCAACUGAUUCCUACAGAAAUGUUCUUUGUAAUAUCAGUAAUAUUGUCUUAGAACUGAACGUGACCAAGAUAAUUUUUGCUCGUUUUAUGUGUACUGUGUUAUUGUUAACAGUAUACAGCCAACAAAUCAGUAAAUAACUUUGCAAGCC